UUAUCCUGAUCAUAGAUAUAAUUAUCUAAAUCCGGAAAAAAUGGGACGCUUUUUUAUUUUCAGUUUAGCAUUUGUUAUAGUAGUCGAGUGCAAUGUAUCCGUGAAUAUCGGCUCGGAUCACUUUCGCCGAGGAGCACAGACUCCAUCGGAAAAAUUUCGCCGAGGAACCCGUUCUCCAUCGGAAACGCUUUCCCGAGGAGAAAGGUCUUCAUCGGAAAAAUUUCGUCGCGGAUCUCCGUUAUCAUUGGGAAAUCUACAGGGAACAUGGUCUCCAUCGGACACGCUUUCCCGAGGAGCAAAAUCUUCAUUGGAUGAACUUCGCCAAAGAGCUCGACGGUCUUCACCGGACACGAUAGAAGACG